AUGUUGAUUGAAGGUUUUGGAAAUUGCGUCAGGCAUCUCUGUGCAGUGCCAGUUACUGUGGUUGUGCGUGCAGGGACGUCAGUAGUCAUCUUAAUUGUCUUGCGUGUCCCAUCGACCCCAAGCACGAUCGCGGAGGCAAAGGCUGACAUGCUUCCAGUGACCGUAGAGAUAGUUGUGAUAGUCCUUGUCGCGCAGAGAACUGGACUAGUGGGGCCAAAGGUGGAAGGUCUUGUAGGUACCGGAUUCAUGACAUGGACGGUGGCGUGCGAGGUCAAAGUCGUUGUAGAAAAUGAGAAGCUCGUCGUAAGACCAAUUGAAGCUUUCGUCUCUUCAAAGGAGGGACUAGUGCGGUACGACUUCGAUGCACUAGAUGUGAAGGAGGCUAUCAUUCUUGACACCCUCCUCCGCUUCUUCACCAAGAAAACAAUUGCGGAGGACUCCAGGGCGAGGAUCGUAUGA